CAUACGCGUGGUACUUGGUUCGACAAACAGCGCUCCGCCUCAUUCACUCCCAGUCCCCCGGUGUGAGUUCUGACCUCGACAAGGUCUGCAACAUGUGCAUAUUUUGAGGUCAACUGGAGAAGGAAAUUCAGAAACAGACCAUUUUCUUUCCGAAAGCCUUGCCAUUUGUGACUAGUUAGACAUUUCCAAAAGGCGCCAUGCCGCUUUCUCGGUCUCUGUCCAUGUCCUCCUUGAGCGGACUGCCGCUUUGGGAGGAUGAAGGUCUGCCCGUGGAAGAUCUGCUGCUCUUUGAAGUUGCCUGGGAAGUAACUAAUAAAGUUGGAGGGAUUUACACAGUGAUUCAAACCAAAGCCAAGAUCACGGUGGAUGAAUGGGGAGAUAACUACUUCAUGGUGGGCCCAUACUACGAGCACAACUUCAAGACCCAGGUAGAGGGCUGCGACCCCCCGAACCCUGCGAUAAAGAAGGCCAUGGACUGUCUGACAAACAACGGCUGUCAGGUGCACUUUGGUCGCUGGCUCAUUGAGGGCAGUCCCUAUGUGGUGCUCUUUGACAUCGGGGCUGCUGCCUGGAAUCUGGACCGAUGGAAGGGGGAACUCUGGGAUACAUGUGGGAUCAGCCUUCCCUUCCAUGACAGGGAAGCCAAUGACUCCCUCAUUUUUGGGUCAAUGGUUGCCUGGUUUUUCAAAGAGCUAACAGACGGGUUCCAAGACAUGCCCAAUGUCAUCGCACACUUCCACGAGUGGCAGGCUGGAGCGGGGCUCGUACUCUGUCGCUCACGGAAGCUUCCCUUGGCGACCAUCUUUACGACACAUGCUACUCUGCUGGGCCGAUACCUGUGUGCUGGGAAUGUAGAUUUCUACAACAACCUGGACAAGUUCAACAUCGAUAAGGAGGCCGGCGAGAGGCAGAUCUACCAUCGGUACUGUUUGGAGCGAGCUGCUGUUCACUGCUCACAUGUCUUCACCACCGUCUCGCAGAUCACUGCCGUGGAGGCUGACCACAUGCUCCACAGGAAGCCAGAUAUGGUGACCCCGAAUGGACUGAAUGUUAAAAAGUUCUCAGCCAUGCAUGAGUUCCAGAACCUUCAUUCCAUAAACAAAGCCAAGAUUCAAGAGUUUGUCCGGGGGCAUUUUUAUGGCCAUCUUGACUUCAAUCUCGAAAAAACACUGUUCUUCUUCAUCGCCGGGCGAUACGAGUUCACCAACAAGGGAGCUGACAUAUUCCUGGAGUCUCUAUCCAGGCUCAACUACCUGCUCAGAGUGCACAAGAACGAUGUGACGGUGGUGGUUUUCUUCAUCAUGCCGGCUAAAACCAACAACUUCAACGUGGAAUCGCUGAAGGGGCAGGCGGUCCGGAAACAGCUCUGGGACACUGCUCACCAGGUAAAGGAGAAGUUUGGCAAGCGCUUGUAUGAAGCUCUGUUGAAAGGAGAGAUCCCAGACAUGAAUACCAUCCUGGACAGGGACGACGUCACCAUCAUGAAGAGGGCCAUAUAUGCCACUCAGAGACAUGGCCUCCCCCCAGUGACGACCCACAACAUGCUGGAUGACGGCUCGGACCCGAUACUGUCCAACGUCCGACGCAUCGGCCUCUUUAACUGCCGCACCGACCGCGUCAAGGUAGUGUUCCAUCCAGAGUUCCUGUCCUCCACAAGCCCCCUCCUCCCUAUGGACUAUGAGGAGUUUGUGCGGGGGUGCCAUCUUGGCGUGUUUCCUUCCUACUAUGAGCCCUGGGGCUACACGCCAGGCGAAUGCACUGUGAUGGGGAUUCCCAGUGUGACCACCAACCUCUCGGGCUUCGGCUGCUUCAUGGAGGAGCACGUCACGGACCCUGCGGCUUACGGGAUCUACAUCGUGGACCGCCGGUUCCGCUCGGCGGACGAGUCCUGUAACCAGCUGACCCAGUUCAUGUUCGGGUUCUGCCAGCAGUCAAGAAGGCAGCGCAUCAUCCAGCGGAACCGCACCGAGAGGCUUUCGGACCUGCUGGACUGGAGGUACCUCGGGCGGUUUUACAUGCACGCGCGCCAUCUUGCCCUGAGCAGAACAUUCCCAGAUAAGUUCAAGAUGGACACAGCAGCACCACUGCGCACGGAUGGAUUUCGCUACCCGCGACCUUCCUCGGUACCCCCCUCUCCAUCUGCCUCCCUGCACUCCACUCCGCAUCAUAGCGACGAGGAAGAUGAGGAGCCAUAUGACGAGGAAGAGGAAGCUGAGCGAGAUCGCCAGAACAUCAAGGCUCCCUUCUCUCUGGAGACAGUACCUUCUGGCAAGAAGAAGCUACCGGGUUAAUGCUGCUCCUGGCAGAGCCGCCCCCCCCCACCACCUCCCCCCCAGACAGCGUGAGCUUCACCCUUAGGCUUCGUAUGCUGAAAGCAGAACGAAUAUUCUUGUGUUAAAGCUCAAGCAUCCAGAAUUUUUUCAAGGCUAAAAACUACAAGGCAACAGACCCACGAUGCAUCAGGAGUAAAUGUUUGAAGCAGUGCUUAAAAAAAACACGACAAUGAGAGUGGUACCACUGCCGGGAAUCAAUAAACCUCAGCAGCUGAACCAGAUGAGUACAAUUGCGUGUAAAGAUCUGAUCCGUGCUCAACAGCAAACUUUAAGUAAAGACACCUUGCAUCUGGAAUGAAAAGACGGGAUGGUAGUUUCCCAGUUGUACAGCUAUGAGCAUGUGUGUGCGUGUGUGUGUGUAUAUAUACAUACAUGGGUGUCAUUAGAUCCGAUCAGUCUUGAGUCUUGAAAGCCGAGCCUCGAGAAUUUUGGUCCCGAUUUGAUCUCCCUCCAAAAAAAUAAAACAACCCAAAAAGUCAAGCCACUGGUAAACUUAGCCCAACAGCUAUAAACUGUCUG